CCUGCUCCAGCAGUAGGGUGGGCGGGGCAGCUCCGCGGGAGGGGCGCGUUUGAGCCUAGGCUCCGGGCUUCGUUCAGGGCCCUACGCUGCCGGCGGCGCCCGAGUCCGCUGACUCUGCAGAGCCUUAACCCGAGAGCCCAGGCCCUUUCCAGAGCUUUCCCGGCGGGGAGAUAGGCCCGGCCGAUACUGCUGGGCCUCGGCCGGGAUCUCCCGCGGGUGUCCGGGCCCGCCCGGAAGGGGCGGCGGCCCCGGCGAUGGCUGACGAGGCGCUGUUCCUGCUGCUGCAUAGCGAGAUGGUGGCGGGGCUGUACCGCGCCGCCGAGCAGGGCGAAGGGGAGAACGGGCGCUGCACCACCAAGCUGGAGAGCAUGGGCUUCCGCGUCGGGCAGGGGCUCAUCGAGAGGUUUACAAAAGACACUGCCAGGUUCAAGGAUGAAUUAGAUAUUAUGAAGUUCAUUUGCAAAGACUUUUGGACAACAGUAUUCAAAAAACAAAUAGAUAACCUAAGGACUAAUCACCAGGGUAUUUACGUCCUUCAAGACAAUAAAUUCCGUCUCUUGACACAAAUGUCUGCAGGAAAGCAGUAUUUAGAACAUGCACCAAAGUAUUUAGCAUUCACCUGUGGACUAAUCAGAGGAGGCCUAUCAAAUCUGGGAAUAAAGAGUAUUGUAACAGCUGAAGUUUCAUCAAUGCCUGCAUGUAAAUUUCAGGUGAUGAUACAGAAGAUGUAGAGCACAUUCAAAUCUGGGUGUCUACUUUAAAAAGCCUUUGUAUGUGGAUUCACUAUCUUGGCUCAGGCUUGUAUAUAACAUGUAAAUUAUAGCAGUGUGCAGCACAAUUCCAAAAUAUAUAAUAAAUGCUCAUAGAAAUAACUUAACACUA